AUGGUGGACAUUCCCGACUAUUUCCGGGAUGAUGGCCUCUCGGCGGCGGAAUUUGUGCGUCAGGUUGAUCAAAGUGCGAGGUACUUCACCACUGUGGACGUUGAAGCUGCUUUUGAGAGCAUACCGGCUGCACCUAGGGCUCAAGACUUGAUGUGUUUUGCUAUCGGCGGUCGCGUAUACCGUAGCAAGGUGGCCCUCCAGGGAUUGGGGCUGAGCCCUCUAUUGUGGCAAUAUCAUAUUCGGCAUGGGCUUCAGACUCUCCUCGGAGAAAGCUACCGUGAGUACUGUGCUAUCUUCAUGGAUGACAUCCUCAUCUGGGGCGAUACUGCUGAUCAGUGUGAACGACGCCGGAAGGUGGUGGUGGCCGCUAUCAAUGCUCUUGGGAAGAGG